AAAAAAAAAUACAUUUAUUAUAAACAUGUUAUUCAAGUUCCUUUUAGCUAUUGCCAUGAUGGUCUGCCUCAUGAACGUUGUUAAUGCUGGUUUUUGUUGCGGCGACUUUAGUGCCGAUUGCUGUGGAAAAUGUACCAGUGGUAAUGAAAAUGGACAAGAAUGCACACUCCGUGGUAACCCUCAUGACGUGAAAUGCGGUGCAAGCUACUGCCCUUCUUAUGAUACGCAAGGUUGUGAACAAGGAUGGAGAUGUUAAAUGUUUGGCAGCAUUAACAUUCGCUGCCCUGGUCCCUAUUUUUUCUUUUAUGGCAGCAUGAAUAAAAGUUAAUCAAUUAUUAAAAAUUUGGUUUAAAUGAUUCUUUUUUUUCAUGAAUAAAAGAUAAUCAAUUAUUAAAAA